CUUUCUCCUAAUUAUUCAAAUUUCUUUCAUCAAAUAACUAAUAACUAUAUAUAUUCCAAGCAAACAUUUAACGUUGUAUGUCUCCACGCACAAACAAUAUGAAUCCUCAAGCUUUCUCCGACGAUGCCAUGCAUGCACACGUACACAUUCUUGCUGUGGUCGAAUAGAAGGGGAAAAAAAUCAAAUCUCGAUAUAUACAAAUCAAAUGGCAACGUCGGCGAACCCGAAAAAGACGGCCUCGGACGGCAGCGGCUCCGCCACGAGCCGCCCCCCUCAGGGCGUGAAAUUCGCGCGGCGGACGUCGAGCGGCCGGGUCGUGAGCCUGCCGCGGGACGAGGACAUCGAGGUCCCGGGGGACUCGUCGGCCGCCGCCGCGCAGAGCGACUACAUGAAUUACACGGUGAUGAUGCCGCCGACGCCAGACAACCAGCCGGGCGGCGGAGGCGGAGGGGAGAAGCCGGAGGGCGGCGGGGGAGGGGGGAAAGGGGAGCGGAGGAUGUCGGUGAUGAGCCGGAACAACAACAACAACAACAACAACAACAACAACAAGUCGAUGCUGGUGAGGAGCCAGACGGGGGACUUCGACCACAACCGUUGGCUGUUCGAGACCAAGGGCAAAUAUGGGAUUGGGAAUGCGUACUGGGAAGACGAUGGGGAUGCGUAUGAUCAUGACACCGGAAUGUCCAUUUCGGAUUUUAUGGACAAGCCUUGGAAGCCCAUUACCCGGAAAGUCCAGAUUUCCGGUGGAAUCAUUAGCCCUUACAGGUUACUGAUCGUGAUCCGACUGAUAGGUCUAUUUCUGUUUCUGGUGUGGCGAUUCAAGAACCCGAACGAGGACGCCAUUUGGCUAUGGGCUAUAUCCAUAGUGUGCGAGGUCUGGUUUGCCUUUUCAUGGCUUCUCGACAUACUUCCUAAGGUCAAUCCCAUAGACCGGGCCGCCGACUUGGCCGCCCUCGCCGACAAGUUCGAGACCCCGUCCCCGUCUAACCCGGAAGGCCGCUCCGAUCUCCCCGGCGUCGAUGUCUUCAUCUCCACGGCUGACCCCGACAAAGAGCCGCCCCUUGUCACCGCCAACACCAUCCUCUCCAUUAUGGCGUGCGAGUACCCCGUGGAGAAGCUCUCCAUCUACAUCUCCGAUGACGGCGGAGCCAUCCUCACGUUCGAGGCCAUGGGCGAGGCCGUUGAGUUCGCAAAGGUCUGGGUGCCAUUCUGCCGGAAGCACAACAUCGAGCCGAGAAAUCCGGACAGUUACUUCAACCAGAAAAGGGAUCCGACCAAAGACAAGAAGCGGCUUGAUUUUGUGAAGGACCGGCGGUGGAUCAAGAGAGAGUACGACGAGUUCAAGGUGAGGAUCAACGGCUUGCCGGAGGUGAUAAAGAAGAGGUGCGACACGCACAACAAGAAGGAAGAGAUGAAGGAGAAGAUGUUGGCGAAGGAGAAGAACGGCGGGGUGGUUCCUCCGGGAGCUGGGCCGAACCUCACCAACCCCGCCACGUGGAUGGCGGAUGCCACCCACUGGCCCGGGACAUGGUUCGACCCGAUAGCCGAUCACAAAAAGGGGGACCACGCCGGGAUUCUGCAGAUAAUGAGCAAGGUGCCGGAACACGACCCCGUGAUGGGGCAGCCGGACGAGAAGACUCUAGACUUCACCGGAAUCGACACGCGGCUUCCCAUGUUUGUGUACGUUUCGCGCGAGAAACGGCCCGGCUACGACCACAACAAGAAGGCGGGAGCCAUGAACGCACUGGUGAGAGCAUCUGCCAUCCUUUCCAAUGGACCCUUCAUCCUCAACUUGGACUGCGACCACUACAUUUACAACUCUCUCGCGAUCCGCGAAGGCAUGUGUUACAUGAUGGACCGCGGCGGGGACCGCAUCUGCUACAUCCAAUUCCCUCAAAGAUUUGAAGGAAUUGAUCCCUCUGAUAGAUAUGCUAAUCACAACACUGUCUUCUUUGAUGGGAACAUGAGAGCCUUGGAUGGCCUCCAAGGUCCGGUGUACGUGGGAACGGGUUGCAUGUUCAGGCGUUACGCGCUAUACGGGUUCAACCCGCCGCGACCGAGGGAGUACUGGGGGAUAUUCGGACAGUAUAAGGUGGGGGCUCAUGGUAGUCACCACCAUGGAAUUGGAGACGACGAAGACGCGCAGCAGCCCCUGACAGCAGACCACAACAACCCAGACUUGGCCCUGCCGAAGAGGUUUGGGAACUCAACCAUGUUCACGGAAUCAAUUGCUGUUGCGGAGUUCCAAGGAAGACCGCUUGCUGAUCACAUCUCGGUGAAGAACGGUCGGGCACCGGGGGCCUUGCUCGGUCCCCGCCCUCCCCUAGAUGCGCCGACCGUGGCAGAGGCCAUUGCCGUCGUGUCUUGUUGGUAUGAAGAGAAAACUGAAUGGGGAGAGAGGAUUGGAUGGAUCUACGGGUCGGUGACAGAGGAUGUCGUGACCGGGUACCGCAUGCACAACCGCGGGUGGCGGUCCGUGUAUUGCAUCACAAAGCGCGACGCUUUCCGAGGGACAGCUCCGAUCAACCUCACCGACCGUCUCCACCAAGUCCUCCGGUGGGCGACCGGAUCUGUCGAGAUCUUCUUCUCCCGGAACAACCCGGCUUUGGCAAGCCGCCGCCUCAAGUUCCUCCAGCGGAUCGCCUACUUCAACGUGGCAGUUUACCCCUUCACCUCCAUCUUCCUGGUCGUCUACUGCUUCAUCCCAGCCAUGUGCAACUUCACCGGCAUGUUCAUCGUGCAGACCCUCAACACGGAGUUCCUCUUGUAUCUCCUAGCGAUCACUGUCACGCUCAUGCUCAUAUCCCUUCUGGAGGUGAAGUGGGCUCGGAUAGGGCUAGAAGAGCUGUGGAGAAACGAACAAUUCUGGCUGAUAGGAGGGACGAGCGCUCACCUGGUGGCAGUGAUGCAAGGGCUGUUGAAGGUCAUUGCAGGUAUAGAGAUCUCCUUCACGCUCACCUCUAAGUCUGUGUCAGAGGACGAAGAGGACAUUUACGCCGAGAUGUACCUGGUGAAAUGGACCAGUCUUUUCAUAAUGCCCUUGACGAUCUUGGUGGUGAACAUCAUCGCACUCGUGAUUGGGUGCUCGAGGCAAAUCUACAGUGUGAUUCCUCAAUGGAACAAGCUGUUUGGCGGGGCAUUCUUCAGCUUCUGGGUGCUUGCACAUCUUUAUCCAUUUGCAAAGGGCUUGAUGGGGAGAAAAGGAAAAGUUCCUACCAUUGUUUAUGUCUGGACAGGCCUGCUUUCCAUCACACUCUCUCUUCUGUGGAUAUCAAUCAACCCCCCUCGAAACGCACAAGCAAGCGAAGGAGACUAGGUUGUACCCUGUCACUAUUAGAUACUGUAAACUCAUUCAUUCCUAGGCUGUACAUAUUUGU